GAGUUGGACAGCGGAGAAUGACACGUAAGGUCACUCGACGCAAAAGUAAGAUUUCUCCAGCUCUUGAGCAGACAAGGGGGAAACUAACGGACACCCGUGCACCCUCCCGAUGUCCCUCGGUCAUUUUUAGAGAGUCGCCCUCGACAGACAGGACUGUGUGGUGGUGGCACCUGCUUGUGUCUUUCUUCUUGUUUGUUUCCGGACGAACUUUUUCUCCGCCUUCAAGGUUUCUGAGAAGCUGUCUUGUGUUCGACACUCACUUGUUCGAUUUCCACUGAAGCUGGUCGAGUUCACCGAUGGACGGAGCACUGCAGAUGGCGCCGGGACCGUUAAGGCCCGUUCCGAUUUACUCCAGGCGACCGCUGCAGCUGGAUUUAUCUCCUCGAACGUUGCAACCACCUCCUCCUCCUCCUGCCCCUCCUCAACAAGGACUGUUCGUGCUUCCAGGUGCACGUGCAGUGAAGGGCGGUGACGUGUCGGGGUCACAGUGCAAUCAGCAGCUGAUGGUGUCCCAGGUUCUGAUGACCUCGCACCAGGAGCUGCUGGCCAAGGCAUUGGGCGUCCAUCCGGCUGCUUCCGGAAAAGCCUGCGAGUUGUCCGCCCAUAAGCAAGGCGCCAGUUUGGCCAAUCCACUUCGCUCGCCAGACCCCCGGGGUCUGGUCUUGUACCACACCCUACUCCGUCAGCACCCGGCGUACCAGCACCUGCUGCAGAGCUUCCUGGCCCCAGCGUUGCCUCCCAUGUUCUGCCACCCGGCCUCGUCGUUGUGCGAGAGACCUCUUGCUUUCUGCACCAGCCUGCUGGCCGGAAAUACAAACAUGGAAGCCCAGAAAACCCAUGCGCACCAACAACAACAGGAACUCCGUCACCACCACCAGCAGCAUCAACAACAACAUCAGAUGAAGGGAGAGAAACAUUCUCCGGUCAGAUCGUCUCCCGUCUCCUUUGUCUCGAAGACUCAGCCCGCAUGCCAGGCGCCAUUUUCGCCACCUACUCCCACCACAUCCCCAACCAAAGACUCAUCGACGACCGACAAAGUCCCCCACCGCCCUGCACCCCCCAAACGAGCGGGGUCUGUCCUGACAGCGGAGGACCUGGUGUCCUCCAUAACCGCGGUGCCGGACCCCUACCAGCAGUACGGCUACGGCCGCAAGAUCUUCCCCUGCCCGCAGUGCCGCUACACCACGGACCGGCGCAACAACCUCAAGCGGCACAUGCUGACGAUGCACCAGGUGUCCGGCAAGCUGCUGGAGUGCUGCGGCGUCCUCUUCCAGACCAAGGCGUCGCUGCGCGAGCACGCGCUCAUCUUCCAUUACCACGGCUACACGUGCUUCUACUGCGGCCGCCGCUUCUGCCGCAAGGCGCUGCUCAAGCGCCACCUGUCGGUGCACAACGGCCAGAAGGAGUUCCUGUGCUCCGUCUGCGACUACGCCACCAGCCACAAGAGCAACCUGGAGCGCCACCGCCGGGUGCACGUGCGGCAAGAUGAUGACGUCACUUGCAUGGACCAAUCGCCGCCGGCCUGUGGAGAAGACUUGACUGGCGAGGAGGGCAAGGGUCAUCGCAGCGAAGACGAGAUUUCAGUGUGUUCUCACGACGACGAGGAGGAAGACGAAGAAGAAAUUAACGUCCACAGCGAUUGAAACAGUUGAUGUCAGGGGAGGUAACUGGAAUGUCGCUCGGUUCGAGGAAAAGAGCAUCCUACUCUCGGUCGCCUGGGUGCGAGACGGUUAGCUACUUCGGAGAACACAGAGCAUGCGCGGACGCUGCAGUGCGCACAGCGGAAGUUGUUCUCGUUUGUCUGGCAGUAGAGGUGAGAGGGGAGGAGCCAUGGAGGACUGAUCAGACGACCACGCCGACGACCAAAGCUGUUGCUCUGUUUAAAUCUCUCUAACAAUUACGGUUUGGUUUUGGGUGUUAACAUUCCUGGACAUAUUGUUUAUUCUUGUUGAAACCCGAGUUCCCCAUCAUUCUCAUCUUCUUCAUCGAGAUGCACAGAGUCGACUCAAUCGUUCCUCGUCUUAGAAAAAAAAAAUCUUGAUACAACUUCUGAGUGAGAGGUCAUGAAGUGACUUACUUGACAGACUAGCAGAUGUACUCAAUGAGCUGAGUGGACAUGAGUAAUGAUGUCAAAUAUUUGUUCUUGUCUGUCUGCGACCACCACCACUGGGAGGUGGGGUAAGUCUGGGUGAGGAAGCUCAACAAUGAGAGAAGCUCUUAGUAUCCACGAUCCAGCCAUGAGCUGCGAGCAACUGAGUCUGGGAUCCUGGAUCGUCUGCUUGUGAUGUGUGAGUACUCACUACCCAUCAGAAAGCUAGAUGACACUUCGUCAGCACAGUCCGUCAGAGCCUUGCUGACGUCAUGUCAGUGUCAGUGUCAGUGUCAGUGACAAAAGAGAGUGACAUGAAGGAUCUCUGCACUGUGGAGAAGGACUGUGUCUGUCGAUCGAAAGGAAGUAUAAAGGUAGACAGUGUGAGGAGAAGGCAAAGAUUGAGAAAGUGUGUGUGAUGUUUGUUUGUUUGUUUAUUUGUUUGCUUGCGUGCUCUUCGUAUUCAGACCAUAUAAUGAAUUCCUCUGGGUUGGACUUUAUACUGAGCUUAACUCAGUGUGUCAGCCCCAACUUCAGUCGCAUAACAACAGGACCCAACAUGUCGGCGAGGUGCGGACGACAGAUGUUUACACAACUUGUAUUAGGGUUACAACCUCCACAGGACAUGCAACCCUUCUCAGAAAACCAAGGGCAGCGAUUGGUACAGAUGUCGCUGUGGACACAGAUGACAUACAGAGGUACGCGUCGGCGGUAGUCAUGGAAACCAGAAAGAGAAUAAGCGAAUGUCCUGGAACAUUGCAGCUGGAGUCUGUGGUUGCUGCUUCUGAGAUGCGAUGGUGGGAUUGAGAAGUCAGCCACAGUCCACAACUCCUCUACCACUCACUACCACCUUUGACCUUUCAAUACCGGCUUUGCGUGAAUGCAAUCAGAUUUCAGGACAUGUUUAAACUGCAUGUAUUUCAUGUACACAAAUGUGCAUGGUAUUGUGUGCUUGUUUGUGGUAGGCUCAUGAAUCGCCAUUAGGAUAAUUAAUGUCGGAUCAUUUAGAGGACUUAAAUAUAAACAGGGCAAAGCUACAAAGUAUUGUUUAAAUCCACCAUCAUAGACGAAGGUAGAAGUGUGAAGGAUUUUGAAAUAAACACAAAAAUGACAGAAAUGGGUAUUUCUAAAUGUCCUUCCUCGAUGACGAAUUCUACCCGAGUGUUGUAAUUAUUCAGAGCGAGAGACUAUCGCAACAUUUAACCUUAACAGUUAAAAUGCCGGAAUUCUUCAUGCUGAUGUAGUAAUCUGAUGUAGCAAGAGGCAUCCGAAACAAUUAGUGUCCGGUUUCAAAACACCCUCCUCCCUCUUACAAAUAAAUAAUAAAUAAAUGACUAAAUUAGGAACACACACAAGCAAAGUCGAGGAAUUUUCCCCAUAGAGGGGCCACAGUGGCAAAAGAACAGACCACGUGACCAAAACGUAAAUCUGAGUAAAAGAAUCCAGAAAAGGAAAACUGUCGAAUUGAAAAUAGAGUUAGAAUAAGAAUAAUGGUAGGUUUAUUUCCAAAAACUAAUUUUUUAAGUUUUAAGCUGCUCCGCCAUGUGUAUUUUUAUAAAACCAAUGAUAUAG